AUGGCGGCGCCCAGUGACAAGUCGGUUGCUCUCGAAAUUAGGAAACUUAGAAAGAAACUAAGACAAAUUGAAAACUUAGAGCGUGUUGAUCGAACACUUUUGGAUGAAGAAAUAGCCAAGGUGUUAAACAAGAACAUUUUGAGAGAUCAUCUUCAGAGAUUGCUGUCGACAGAACAAGGCAGUCAGUGGACAUCUCGGUACCAGGCGUCUUCAGCUGGGUCUGAAACUGACACUAGUACAUCUUUCACCUCCGAUACGUCCAUUCCUACAGACUUGUCGAGGUCAGAUAUAAUAUUUGAAGAAGAAGAAGAAGAAGAAGAGCAAAUUAACUGUGAAGGGAAUACCAACUUCUCGGCCAGCAGCGGUGUAGAACAGCAAGAUGUUCAAGUGGAAAGAGGAUUAGAAAAACUACAAAAAACUGAGACUCCAGAACAUAAAUCCCAUGAUGCAUUGCAAACUAAGACCAAGUUACAAGGAAUUGACACCAAAACAAACGAACCUUGCUCUGAGAAAACAAACCAGACACAAAAAGAAACAGUUCCUCAUGACCAAUUAAAAACAACAAGACAAAAAUGGCACCAGUCUUUCUGUGUUAUCUCCGAGCUGAUUGGUCACAACGAUAUUGUCACCUCCGUCUUUGUGGAUGGGAAUAUUCUCAUCUCUGCAAGUCGUGACACCACUGUGAAGGUUUGGAAUCUGGAGGAAGGGAGAGAACUCCGCAGUCUUGGAGGUCAUACGGGAAGUGUGACCUGUGUCACGUUGAUGACUGUAGCUGCAUCAUCUGCUUACGCUGAAGCUAAGAAUAUGUCCGCUCCUGGGCGACUGGUAAUCAGUGGUUCUGUAGACUGCAGCUAUAAGAUCUGGAAUAUCAAAUCAGGGGAGAUAAUUCAGUCUGUGUAUACUUUCAACCCGAUUACAAAGCUGGCUUUCAAUGGGGACCAAAUGGUUAUUACUGGCACAGAUGGUGGAAAGCUAGAGUUAUGGGACUUGCUAGAAGGGAGCAACCAGCAGUCUCUACGUGUGCACAAUGAAACCAUCACAGGGCUUAAAAUUCGUGGAGAUCAAGUGUUCAGUUCAUCGGCCGAUGGUGUUGUUAAGGUUCAUGUAGCACGUGACUGGAAACUGUCGUGUGUUUUUGUGUCGGAGAAUGUCAAGUCAGUGUCCGGCUCGAGUCUUACGCCACGAAACAUCCACAGUUUUGACGUCAGCGAUCAGAAAAUAUUCUUCGGUGAUGAUGCCAUCAACAUUAAAGUCCUCGAUUGGAAGAAAGGUGUUGCAAGGAAACUUCCGAACCACACCGAAGAGUUCGCCUCCACGGAUGCCCUGUACUGCAAUAACAAUCUCCUCAUCUCAUCCAGCUACGACAUCGAUGUCGGACGCAGCUACAUCAAUGUUCGCUCUCUUCCAAGGGGAGACUACUUGACGAGCCUGGAUGAUGAGAACACAAACCGGAUCCUGUGUGUGUCGUGUGGGAAGCUCAACUCGGGCAAAAUGGUGGUGGUCAGCGGGGGAGCCCAACUCAAACUGUGGGAGGUGGUCGCAAACAGGCCUGAUGUAGCCGAUGAUGACACAGUGUCUGUGAUCCAGCCUAAAUAUAUAUCAAGACUAGCUCGUCCUGGUCAAGACUCAGAUGUCGAGUCAGACACAGUGUCUAUAUUUACAGAAGAGAAAUUUGAUGAUGGUAAUGAUGAUGAACAUAAUGAUGAUGGUGACAAUGAUGCAAUAGAUCAAGAUCAAGAUCAAGACACCUCACAGUCUCAGAAAGAAACAUUUGGUGAUGGUAAUGAAGAUGAUGAUGAUGAUGAUGAUGAUGAUGAUGAAGUACUCGAUAGAGAAUAA